AUGAGCGGAAGUGAACAUAGCCCAAGCCGGUUGGGGCGUCGUCUGGACAGCCUCCUCCGCGGCGACUGGGCAGCGCUGCGCAACCCAAACGUCCAACGGGUGCUGCUCUUCUGCUUCAUUGACGGGGCGUGUUUCUCACUGUGGUACGCCCAGGCCUUCCAGAUACUCAUCAAUCGCAUGGCCGGUGACACGACGGUUGGGUGGCUCUCUGCGACGUCUGGCAUGGCGCAGAUGUUGGGGGCGCUGUUUGUCGGCUUCUUCGUCAGUGUACGGCGGCAGACAGUGGUGCGAAUUGGCGCCGUCUGCGGGUUAUUUGCUGCAGCGCUCUCCAUCUAUGGUGUGACGGUGCUGCGAGUGCCCGUCUUUUUCUUUGCGUCGCUGUUAUGGGGGGCAUACUCCGGGAUAAUUGCCACUGGUACAGAAACGCUGUUUGCUGACAGCGUAGAGACCGGCCGACGCGACUUUGUGUACAACCUCAAGUGGAUCAACCAGACGCUUUGUGACUGUGUCGGGUCUUUCACCUCUCUCAUCAUGCUGCUGCGCCUCGGCAACGACUGGGACAUUGGAAGUCUGCAGAAGCUCAUCUGCACGGGCUACGCACUGCAUCCUAUUGCCCACCUACUGCUCUUCACGAUGAAGGACAAGUACACACUCGACGAGAAGGCCACUCGUGGCACGGCACAAGUUGUCAUCCACGUGGAGAGCACAGACGACGAGCAGCUGUCGAGUUCGCCGAUGAAGCAGGUCGUCAGUCCCACCGACUGUCCCUUUUCCUCGCAGGAAAGAUUCGUGCAGCACGAAAUCGACGCGGAUAACACAUUGGGCACGUCGCUGUCAAACAGCCCGGUAACAACGACACCUCGAGGAGCGGCGAAAACGCCAGAAGAUGCUUCCUUGGAGCGUGAGGCCCUUCUCUUCCAAAUCGCCACACGAAGUGAACGUCGGCAUGAAGAGUUUCUUGCGGCUCAGUGCGAGCGCAACAGUGCAGGGCGUUUGGCUGCGGCGGCGUGCUACUACGCAAACUGGAUGUAUGAAUGGUCGGCGGUGCCAUACCUGGUGUGUCUUGUCGAUUUCCUCGUUGCUGUCGGAUCUGGUAUGACGAUGCGCUACAUUCCUUUGUUCCUGGUUAACGAUCACGGCGUGUCACCAGUUAUACUCAUGGGGACGUAUAUCACUGUCUCCGUGGUCACCGCCGGUCUUUCGCUUGUGGUACGGCACGUGGGCGAACGCUACAUGAGUCGCGUUGCCGCGGUCAUUCUUGUACGUGUGAUUGGCGCCACGCUGCUGCUGAUUAUGGGGCUGACGCACCUGAAUCUGGUUAUACUGCUGCCGGUCUUCAUUAUUCGCAAUGCGAUGAUGAACUGCACGCGUGGUGUCACACGCAGCGUCAUCAUGGACUACGUGCGGAAGGAGAGCCGCGCCAAGUGGUCUGCCUUUGAGAGUUUCUCAUCCUUUACGUGGGCGGGUAGUGCGGUGGUGGGCGGCUACAUCGCGGAGGCGAAGGGGUAUCAGUACACCUUUGUGAUCACAGCUAUUUUUCACUACGUCGCGCUCCUGACGCUGUCGCCGGCGAUGUACGGUGCGGGCGAGGUGGAGAAGCUGCAGCGCGAGCAGAAGUGGCGAGAGGGAGCAGCACGUUCCCAGGGGUGUUGCAGCAGCAGUGGCGGCGCAGUGUCGCACUCGUCGCCGCACCCCGUCGGUGAUGGGAGCGGACAGACGGGAGUGGGACAGUAG